AUUUCAAACAGGCAGAGCUGUUAACGGACGUGCCUUUAAAAUAAUUGUUUACGAAGUAAUUGUUUUUCUUUUUGAAGGCAAGAAUCAUUGGCGAGCUAUAAAUACACGGACAGAAAUGACAUCUGUGGACUUGCAAGAUGUAUCAACUCAACUGAACAACAAGAUAACUUCUAUCAAAAGGUCUAUGCAGCUCAAAAACAUGUGUAAUGAUCCUUCACUUACAAAUGUUCUGCAGAAGAUUGGCCUGGAAUUGUCUAGCAUUCGGGAUGUAUUGGACAUUUUUCAAAUGCAGAUACAACAGCAAAAAACUGAGCUGAGAUCUCUCCAGGAGCUGAAAAAUGCAGUCCAGAGAAAUUCUGAAAUAGCACAUCAUUUGCUAGAAAAUAUCCCAGCUCAUCUACCCAAGAAAGUUGUUGAAGCUAGCACAGUAGAUGCAAAAGAUGUAAAAGUCCAAAAGGUUACUGCUAAUUCUGAACCGGAAAAGAAUUCUGCCAAGAACAAACAUUUUAUUCGUGAAAUGGAAUACCUGUUAAUGGAGGAAUUUAAUCAGGUACCUGGGUACAUGAAAGGCCGAAUGACCUAUGAUCAGAUCAAUGCUGUGGUUAAGGAGAUCAAUGCCACAGUGAAAGCCAAGUACAAAAUCCUAAACCAGCCAAUGAAAUCCAUGUCGAACACUACUCGUAACCAAUACCAUGCUUUUAAAGAACAAGAAACCAAGGAAACGAAAGGUCAAUAUUUCUUCGUGGAAGCUGACAUAAAGGAUUUCACCCGCCUUAAGGUUGACAAGAAAUUUCACGUAAUCUUAAAUAUUCUGCGACAUUGCCACCGAUUGCGGGAAGUCCGUGGGAAUAAUCUUGUGCGCUAUGUGUUACUUUGAGAUUGUAAAUUACUUCAGUAUUCUUAAGCCACAUAAAUCCUAAUGUCUAAAGGAACUGUGUCAAGUUACUUCACAACAGGGAAUUAUAUUUGCCUUAUUAUUUACUCCCUCUCCUAUUAUUGUAAUAUGGUCUUCAUCUGAUAACUUCCUUCUUCCCAUUAACCUAUCAAAACGUUUUUAAAGUAUAUUUUUCUGCUCUAACAUCAUUGUGGUAUCCCAAUUUCCCACACCAUUCUUUGCAUAUAGAUUCAUACUGGGUAAAAGUCUAGGAGCUGUGUUGAAAUCCUGUUAUCUCAGCACCAUUUGUUUUGAAUGGUGUUGCAUUUAAUUCUGCUCAUUUAAAGUGCUGUGCAUCACUUCAUACAAUCGGCAAAUGAUGUAGAUCUUAAACCUGCUUUUGGGCUGGGUGACCACGAGAGAGGGCGCAAGAAUAUGUCCAACUGAAGUGUGAGUGAAAUGUCUCCUGAUAUCACUGUGCAGGGAUUUAAACACCUAUCACCCUGUUUAAAGUGACUACCUUUUGAAUACGAACUCAUCUGAAAGUUAGAUGUUUGAUCCUCUGUUUCGACCCCAGCCUAGCACACUGCUCAAUGGUGGAAGUCUGUUGAAUUAACCAAAGAUUAUUUUUGUGUCCUUUUUGUGGAUCUCUGCUCUUUAAUGUUAUUGGAAAAGAUUUCAGCAUAAUCAGUAGCAUCUGACAUGAUUUUCCAAAUGUGUGUCUAUCUAAUAAGUCUUUAAGUCUACUGUGCUGUUUAAAGUUUGUGUUAGUGAUGUACUUAGUUUUUUGACCUAGUUAAAAUAAGUUCAUAAAUUGCCUUCCUGGCUCUGAUAUUAUCCAAUCUACUGAUUCUGUAUUCUUAAUGUAUUUUGACUACCUAAUCUUUGAAAAUGACUUACUGCCAACCUUUCAGCAAGCAUUGCAACUUUUAAAAAUCCUAGUACAGGACAAUGCAACUUUUGUUUCAAUACUUUUCAACAUAUAAAAAUCAUAAAGUGCAUUUCACAAGUGCUUUAGACUAGAUGGGAAAAAGAAAACCAAAUCGGUUGAUGGAUGCAAGGCCACAAACUAAAGUUUGGGUGGGUAACCAAAAGCCGAGUUUGGACAUGAAUGGAGAUUAGCUCACAGCUGAUAAAAAUGCUCAGGGCUAGCAAAAGCACAAGAUUCAGGUAAGUGUAACAAAAUGAAGCUGAUAUAAAGCAACAGUGCUCUCCCAGCUGGAGCCCUUACUUCAGUAUGGGAUAGUGAUGUAUAACAAAUUGCCACCAUUAAUGGGAAGAUUUUCCUAUUUAACUGCCCUUGGAUGCACUGGAAUGCCUAAGGACAAUGGUGGGUCAGUUGUUGAGGGAGAUUUUCAUGCCUGUAACAGACCCGCUGAUUUUUUGGUUUUAUAUCAGCAAUGGACUUAAAACUUUGUUACUGCUAUCGAAUCCUCCCUGUCAUUUGGCUUUUAUGCACAGUGUUCAAGUAAUCCAAUGCUUCUAUCUGCAAUAACACAAUGUACAUUAAUGCACUAUUUUAAUCACUGCAACCGUGUGAGUAUAAUAUCUUUUAACUUGUACUUGUUAAAAAAUUAUAUAAUUUUGGAAUUGACCACUAGUGGAAAUUAAACUUUCAAAUUUUAAUAGAUAACACUGUGGAGCUGUAGGAAUACAACAGGCCAGGCAGCAUCAGAAGAGCAGGAAAGUUGACUUUUUGGGUUGGGACCCUUCUUCAGAAAAACUUAAGAAGGGUCCCGACCCGAAAUGUCAACUUUCCUACUCAUCUGAUGCUGCCUGGCCUGCUGUCUUCCUCCAGGUCCAUACUGUGUUAUGUAAGGCAAAAGGGUUCAGCUGAUCAGAUGUUUCGUUUGGGGACCCUUCUUCAAAUUUUAAUAGCGCUCGUUAUGAGAGAGAAAUUUUCCUAUCUACAAAUAUUACUCUAGUUGGGUUUCUAACCCAAAUUAGCUGUUAGAAUUUAAUAAUUCUUAGCAUUAGUUGAUAAUCCAUUGAUGGCGGCACAGUAGCUCAGUGGUCAGCACUACUGCCUCACAACACCAGGGGCCUGGAUUCGAUUCCGCUUUCAGGUGACUGUCAAGUUUGCCCAUACUCCCUGUCUGUGGGUUUCGUCUGGUUGCUCCAGUUUCCUCCCACAGUCCAGAGAUAUGCAAGUUAAGUAGAUUGGCUAAGCUAAAUUGCCCAUAGUAUCCAGGGGUGUGCAGGCUAGGUGGAUUAGCCAUGGCAAAUGUGGGGUUAAAGAGAUAAGGUAGGGAGGUGGGUCUGGGAUGCUCUUCAGAGGGUCAGUGUAGACUGAAUGGCCUGUUUCCAUACUGUAAGGUUUCCAUGAUUCUAUGAAUAUACUUUAUAAAUCACUUACUGCUUUUCAUAUGACAUUGUUUUGUCAUUGCUGUUACGUCGUCAACCUAUAUACUUGUGCAUUGAGAUCAACUACAGUUUUAUAAAAACUUGACAAAAUGAUGUUGUGCCAAUGCACUAUAGUGGUGGACCGUGAUGUAAUAAUGUCGACAAAGUGUUGAGGUCCUGAUUAAUACACUUUGUGGAUGUCAGUUAAAUGUUUAUGAUUGCCAAGUUUUGGCUCUUGCUAGAUAACUUAACCAGUGCAGCUAUCGUUUUCAAAAUAUUUUCCAUACAUUAUUUCAGUUAUGUAAUAAUCUGAGAUCUGUGAAAUUUAGUGAAAGAAAAAACAUUAAAUUUGCAGUGUGCAUUAUUUAACA